AUGGCUUUCUCAGUGAAAGGCAAAUCCGCCAUCGUAACUGGAGCUGGCUCUGGUAUCAACUUCAGUUUCGCCAAACUGCUGGCAGAGAAUGGAUGCAAUAUCCUCAUCGCAGACCUAGCUCUGCGUCCCGAGGCAAAGGCGCUAGUCGAUGAGUACCAGACCGGUGCCACUCGAGUGAUCUUCCAACAGACCAACGUGAUCGAGUGGCUACAACUGGAGCGGAUGUUCGAGGUUGCAGAGAAGGAAUUUGGAGAGGUUGAUAUCGUCUGUCCGGGCGCGGGAGUCUACGAGGAGCACUGGAGCAACUUCUGGCGUCCACCCUACUCAGCCGAAAGCAAAGACGCACCAUCCGGCGGCCGCUACGCGCUGAUCGAUAUCAACAUCACCCACCCGAUCCGCACGACACAGCUUGCGAUCGCGCAUUUCCAGAAAAGCCGUGAUAGCAGCCGCCCGAAGCAUAUAUUGCAUAUUUCCAGCAUUGCGGGCCAGACGGCGACUAGCACGACGCCGAUUUAUUGCGCCACGAAACACGCAAUUAAUGGCUUCGUGCGGUCGCUUGCCAAUUUGGACAAAAACCUUGGCAUUCGCGUCACGGCCGUGGCACCGGGUAUUAUCAAGACUCCUCUGUGGACUGAGCACCCGGAGAAGCUGAAGAUGAUUGUGGAUGGUAACGAUGCGUGGGUGACGCCUGAUGAAGUUGCAGAGGUGAUGUUGGCACUUGUGCAGCAAGAACAGGUGAGCGAGACGAUUGGGGACAGAUCGGGUCGUGGGACGCAGUUUGAGGUGAAAGGUGGGACGAUUUUGGAGGUCUCAAAAACUGUGCGGGCGGUUAGUCAGUUCAAUGAUCCGGGGCCUGGUAAUCGGCCUGGAAAUACGGCGUCGGGUCAUGAUUUGGCUGAGCAAGAGACUUAUCAACUCCUUUCGCAGGAGGGAUGGGGAUUGCCAAGGUCGUAG